AUGUCUAGGCCCUCCACCGCGCAAGGACGGCAAAGGAGCUUGGAGCAAGACAGCGUGAGUUCUCUCCUACUAAAUACCUCAAAUAGGAGUCUUGUUGUCGAUGACUUGGGCACUUUGGGGCUGAUAGAAGAGAGAAUUCAGCAGAACAUUCUUCGGUCAGACGUUCUCUCUCGCUACUUUAGCAACGAAAAGAUAAAAGAGCAGAAUGAACUAAUCAAGAGCAAAUACCUCCAGAGCCUUGUUAAACUGUCGGAGACAGAGGUGAUUGAGGAAUCUUAUAAAGCCAUCAAUGAUAAGUACAUAAAACUUGAGGACGCAUACACAGACAUGCGGAAGAUGAACGAGCAGCUUCUUGAGAGCCUUAAGGAAGCGAAGAUCACAAUUAAUCAACUGAGCGGGGGAUCUGGGAAGUCUGGCACGGCAGAGAUCAUUUCCGGGAAUAUUGCCCUUUCCACCGCGCAGAGCCGCACCAUCUCGACCCUUCAUAAGUUAUUUACUGACCUAGACAUGAUCCAGGUUCCGACUGAACAGGCCAAUAACAUGAGCGAGCCAGAGUUGGUGCAAAUGGCCGCAAUCAACCUCGCAGUCCAAUACAAAAGACUCAAGGUUGAUGCCGACAGUCGUCGCUCCUUCUCCACAGAGAGUGAGGCGCAGAUGGACAACCUCCAGCGCCAGAUUGUCAAGAUAGAGUUGGAGUUAGUGGAAAGCAGAAACAUGGUUUCCUUCUUAGAAAAAGAGUGUGACAGGCUCAAGAAUAGCAACCAGGAAGUGGUAAAUCUACGUACACAGGUUUCUCAGCGUGAUGAGAUACUCCAAGACAAAAGCAUGCUAAUAAGCACUCUCCAGAACCAGAUAAAGGUUAUGCAGGCAGAAAAGGUCGAUGCCGACCAAGCCACUUUUGUGGCCCGGAACGAUUUGAGCCUAGCAGAAGAGACCAUCAAGGAAAAGAGCGUAACGAUCGAGAAGCUCAUGGAGAAGCUGUCGAAACUCAAAAAGACAUCACAGGUGGCGAUAGAGCAGAGAGACCAGGACGCAGUUGAGCUAGCGAGGUCUGUUGCAGAUAUGCGUCAAAAACUCAGCGAUACCGUUGAUGAGAAGCAGCGCAUAGUCCAUCAGCUACACAUAGAUAUGGAUAGUAUGAAGAAGUCCCACGAGGAGAGCAUUUCGCAGCACAAAAGCGAAAUCGAGGCAAUCAAAAGUGCAUUUGACGAGUCCACGUUUAUUAAGAACGCUCGCAUCAGCAAGCUCACAACCGAGUUGACAGAGACGCAGACACAGUUAGCAAGCGCUUUGGAGAAAAAUCAGGAGCUUCAGUCUGAGUCCAAAAAGGCUCAGCACGCAGCAGAAGUCCUGCUCGCGGAAAGAGAGAUAGCAAAUACAACUCUUACUCAAGAGCUACAAGCAACUAAGGGGGAGCUGGAAGCAGUAAGAAAGUCUAAUCACGAGCAGGUCAAUUCGUACGAAUCUCUUCUUCAAAAGACGCAGCAGAGCUAUGAGGCUCUCUUAAGGGAAAAAGAAGACACGAUACUUAAGCUUAAUCUAGAAUGCGAUAACGCUAAGAAGGCUUUUGAUGAUCAUUCUGAGCAGUCGACGGCCCAUGUUCAAGCGUUACGCGAAGAGGUUGAGCGCGUCAGACACACCAGCGAAAACCUUCUUCAGGAAAAAAUGGGGGUUAUCAAUCGGUUGACUGCAGAGAUACAAGCCAUCAAGCUUGACGGGGAGCGAGCCUUAGACAGCAAGGAUACUCAGAUAGCAGAGCUACAGAAGAACGUCAGUUCUUUGAUGGAAGACUUAACCAAAACGUCCUCAAACUCAUCUGCAGAGCUCAGCCGACUAACUAACUUGUUAGAAGCAACCAGGAAGGACUACGUGCAACGACUAGAAUCAAAGGACGAGCAGCUGCGGAUUGCUACUAACGAAUACAAAGAGAAUAUGGAAAAGCUGGAUGCAGUUUUUGCCAAAAAGGAUGCAGAGCUUUCAAAGCAAACUGCCGCACUACACGCUCUCCGUGAUGAGCUAUCCCAAGUUAAGUCAAAUCAUCUUUUGGAAGUUGAUAGGCUUCUGAAAGAAGUUAAUUCUGCUCAGCAAAACACAUCCAUGACCUUGCUUUCUAACCAGGACGAAAUUUCUCGCCUUGGAAGAGAACUAGACGUAGUCAAGAAUUCGGCGUCCAUUAACGAAGUUGAGGCAAAUAAAAAGAUCCAGAGUCUAAAUCUGAAGAUCAUCUCUUUACAACAAGAGCUGCAAGACUCCAAGAACGAGGCCGAUGCUGCACUCAAAGAAAAGGUACGUGAACUGGAUACUCUCCGGCUUCUCAUGGAUGACAGCACAUCCACUGCAGCAAAGGCUGCACAAAAUCUUCAGAACACUGUCGACAAGCUCCAACAGGAACUCUCCUCUGUGUCAUCGGACAAGCUUGCUAUCUCGGCGGAAAUGAAUCGAGUGGUUUCAGAGCUAAAGCACGAGCUCUCAACUGAGAAACAAAUGCGAGAAGCAGAGAAUUCUCGGGCACAGCUCCAGAUAUCCCAUCUGGAGGCACAAGUCAAAGAUGCAGCAAAGGCCAAGGACAGCGAAGUGACAAGGCUCCUCUCAGACCUAAAGACUGUAAAGGAGGAGCUUGCUAUCGUAGUGGAUCAGAAGGAUGCCAAGAUUGCAGAAAUUUCCCGAAAAUUAGAAGAUACAUUCCACAAACUGCAAAGGUCUGAGCAGACGGUUGAGGUCCUUCAGGCUGCAAAAGAGAAAGAGCUGUCUGUAGCCAAACUAAAUACCGAUCAAACAAUUGCGCUGUUAAACGACCGCGUUGCUAAUCUUGCCGCUGAAUUGAACAAGCAGAAGAACGAGACUGAGGAGCUUCUGGCGUUUAAAGACUUACAAUACAAGCAAUUACAGAAACAAUUAGAGGACUCUAGGACUGAAGUCACUGAGGCAACCAGUUCUGGCAGGGCCGAGAUCUCUAGGCUCCAGCUCCAGAUAGAUAAUCUUGGCGAAGCGUUAUUACAGGCCCAGAUAGAGUAUGCACAAAAAGAAGAUGCACUCAAGGAUGAUCUAAAUAGUGCCAAGGCUGUGCUUCUUGCCGAGUCAGCCGAGAAGGAUGCCAUCAUUUCUACGUUGAAGAAAGAUCUGACAAAUCUGCGUGCUGAGCUGCUCUCGUCCGAAGAGGCCAAAGAUGUGACAAUUGCACGGUACAAGCAGGAUUGCGAAAACCUCCAAACAUCCUUGACAAAGUCAAUAGAGAAGAAGGAGGAGGCGUAUAACAUCCUCAAGCAAGAGUUUGCAGGUUAUAAGAAGGACGUGAGCGCUGCAAAGCAAGCGUACGAGGCGCAGAUAGCAAGCCUCACAGGAGACCUGGCAGCCGCCAAGAAGAAGUCAGAGCAGCUUGAGAUGGAGAUAGAGAGAGAAAUGAAGCAUGCUUCAGCAUCGAGCAAGAAGGCGCAAGCAGAGUUGAAAGUGACAAUCGAUCAGAAGCAGCGCGAGUUGGAAGAACUUCAGAAAGAGUACCUUUCCUCACAGGCCGAGGCCUUGUCCACCAACAAGCGCCUACAAGAUGAAAUAGACAAGCUUAUACAGGACAAGGGAGGUCUCAUCAAUCAAAUAUCGAGUCUGAAACAGGAGAUAUCGGUAUCAUCCGCUGACAGAGAGCAUCAAGCUAAAAAAGCCGACAAAGAUAUCAAGACACUUCAAGACGCUCUACGCAUAGCAGAAGAGGAUAAAAGAGUUUUGGAGUUGGAGGGAAACAGCAAGCUGGAGGAGAUUAAACAGCAAUAUGAGUGCUUGAUAUCAGAGAAGAAUAAGUCUAUCACAGAACUCAAUCAAAAGGUUCGAGACAUGUACAAUGAAGUCAUCGAAGCCCAAGCAGCCAAAAACAAUGAAAUUGCCAGGGCUGCAGAGGAGCUUACUAAGAAGAGCCAGACACAUCUCGAUAUCGUAAGUGAAAAGGACGAAAAACUCGCCAAAAUGGAGGCGGAUUUGGCCAGGGUCCAAAAGGAGCUUCGUGCGUUAGAGAUCUCAAAGAAGGAAACAGAGGCACUCCUCAAGCGAGAACAGGGAGAGCUAACACUAAGAUAUAGCGCAGAGACCAACAUGAAGGACGAGAGAAUAGUAGCUCUGGAGAAGGAGCUUGGAUCUUUUAAAGAUAACUUAGCUAGAACGACAAAGCUCAAGGACGACGAGAUAAGAGACCUGGAAGCACAGCUGCGUGAUACGAAGAAGAAGUCGCAGACAGCACUAAAUGAAAACACGCAGCUAAUAGAUUCCAUUCAAGUGAAGAUGGAUAGCGUGAAGCAGGAGUCCGCAGAAGCUCUUAAGAAGAAGUCUGCAAAGAUCGAGGAGCUAAAGGCAGAGCUGAGCCACACACUAGAAGAACACUCUACCUUUGCUAUGAAGAAGGAUGCAGAGAUCCAAGAACUGACACGGAAACUAGGCACUCUGGAGGCCCAGCUUGGCCAGACUGUUUCCUCGGUAGUAUAUGAUGCCGUCAAAGAGCAGUUGGAUGAAAAGGAGCGGGACACAGUUGAACUUCGUGCGGAGAUUGCGCGUCUCAAGGAGGCGUCACAGGCAACGUCCAUGGUCAGUGGAGAGGAGAACACAAAACUUGCGCUGAAAGUUAAGCAGCUCGAAGCGGAGCUAGAGGAGCUACGCGCUUAUCACGACUUUAUUAAGCCCCAAGUGAUGGAACAGAAGCUUGAGGAGAUGAAUGCUGCACCGCCCACAGAGGAAGCGUCGUUUAUGAAACAGUUAAUCAAGGAGAAUGGCUACCUCAAGCAGCGCCUGAACCAGAUCGCACUGGGUAGUGACGAAUCUACAUCUCGCAAUUCUAGUAUAUCCGAAGGGCGGCGUCCAGGAGGCCGCUUACGAACCAAGUAA